AGAACCACUUGAAAACAAGGCUUAAGGCAGCACAGGGUUUUCUUAGCAUCCACAUCUACUGAAGUGAAAUGGCAUCUGUUUAUGUGACAUUAGCAACAAUAGGGAUGGUUUUCAUCUCUCCUGUUAUAGUACCAGCAUUGUUUUUCUGGGGGGUAUUUUAUGAUCUUUUCAACUCAGAACUGCCACUCGGAAUUGACCAACCUCUAAAGCUGCGGUUUUAUCAUUCAGUGAUGAUUACAACCAUGGUCUUGGGAAAGAUUUUGCAGAAGCUGGGAAUCUGCAGUGACUUAAGCUUAAUGCGAACUGUGCUCGAUGGAAUACCACCAUGGAGAGAUUCAACACUUCUUAUCAAAGACCUCAAAGUAGAUGAGGUACCAUUGAGGAUUUAUCAGCCCAAAUGGCCACCUACCGGCAAAAGAAGAGGAAUACUGUAUUUUCAUGGAGGCGCUGGCACAUUUGGAAGCAUUAGAGCCUAUGAAAGAAUAUGCCGCUAUAUGGCCAAAAAAUGCAACUCAGUGGUUGUGUCUGUGGGUUAUCGUCUGGCUCCUGAACACCCAUACCCAGGGCAGCAUUUUGAUUGUCUCAAUGCCACCUUGUAUUUUAUGAGGAAUUUAGAAGAGUAUCAUGUGGAUCCUGCUCUCAUCAUCCUUUGUGGUGACAGUUGUGGAGCCAAUUUUGCUACAGGUAUUUGCCAAAUAUUGCUGAAUAAAAGAGAUCUCCCAAAAGUACGUGCUCAGAUUUUACUUUAUCCAGGACUGCAGGGCCUGGAUUUUCACUUGCCUUCCUACCAGCAGAAUGCUUCAGUGCCACUGCUGUUUCGGAAGUCAGUUGUCUACUUCUGCUUUCGCUAUCUUAAUAAAGAACCAUCAGUUUUGGAAGAUGUUCUCCAAAACCGACAUGUUCCUGAGAGUAUGAAACAGAAGUAUAAGAAAUGGGUAAGUGCCGACAUUAUUCCUGACAAAUUCAAGAUGAGAAACUACGUACCUCAGAAACCCACCUCAUAUAAACCUGAAGUCCAUGAAGCAAUCAAAGAAAUGUUAUCAAUACCAUUUUCCCCACUCUUAGCUGAAGAUUCCAUUAUUUGCCAGCUCCCGGAAAGCUACAUCUUGACCUGUGAGUUUGAUGUGCUCAGGGAUGACGGGCUGUUAUACAAGAAGCGCUUAGAGGACAAUGGUGUUCAAGUAACCUGGUGUCAUUCUGAGAGUGGUUUUCAUGGAAUUUUGGCCUUUUUUGGAUAUGGGAUUUUUUCCUUUGUAACUGGGAAAAAGAUAAUGGAUAGUAUUGUGAAUUUUAUAAAUAACUUAUAGAAGUGUUUUUCAGAACAAAGAUGCAAAUCUUACUUUAUCCUUGGUGAAUUUACACUUGGCAAAGAAUGUAAACACAUUUGACACCGGAUUUUGACUGCAUUUUCCACUUUCUAAUUUCUGCUUCUGCAGUGGCUCUCAAAGAAAUGUAAAAAUUAUUUAAAGCAUCACCAUUCCACAAACCAUGAUUAGAAAACACCACCAUUAAGAUCAAGAUGCAGAAGUAGGCACCUGGCACAUACUGUUUCACUUCAACUCUAGCAAUUGUAGUGUCUUUGCAUGCCUGGCAUGCCUUCAAGAAAAGCAGCAAGAACAUCUCUUCUUGACGAAUGCUGAAGAAAACAACCAGGGUCUACUCUGGCCUUUGCGAAUGACAGAAGGUGUUCAGGGUAUCAGAUGAAGAGCCAAAUGAUUCAGGUUCUGUGAAGUCUUAUGUCUUGUAGUGAAAUUGCAGCUAUGCAUUUUAAUUCCUAGGCUUAGUUUGCAGAGACUACACUGUUCUUGAAAGUUUCUUCCUUCAGGAGAAGCGUAGUCAGAAGAAAGGCUUCUGUCUGAAGUGGAAGUCCUGAACUGGAACUAGUAUGCAGUUGAUUCUGUUUGAAAUCUGAGAAAUGAUAUUUCAUUUUGGAACUUGAUUCUUGAACUGGAAUCCCUAAACUGUAAUGAGUGUGUGCAUGUUUCAGAAGGGCAGAGGCAAGACUUGGUUUCCUUUCUGUACUCUUUUUCUCUUACGAUUAUGCUCAAGAGGACCUUUUAUGUUACCUGUUAUGCUAUGUUUAUUGAAAAAGCUCUGAAGAUCACAGAGGUAAGAGAGAAGAAAAGCACAAUAUUGUAUUCUCUUAUCACUGUAAUAGUGUGGCAAUUGUGAUGUUUUCAGUAACAAAAAAAAAAUAAAAACUAGCAUUUCAAGUA